CGCCCGCCAGGGCUUUUUUCCUCACAGCCCAUCUUUGGUGCUGUCCUCAGAUUUGCCUGACGCGGGUCACUUCACAUUAUUUUCCCAGUGUGUUCUCGCUCCGUUUGUCCACCUCCGGAUACAAUGUGUUAUUGGCUAUUCUGGAAGAUUCUGAGGGAAACAAGCAUCAUUCCCUUCAGCAAUCAUCAAAGCUGGGUUUCUCCAACAGGCGCGCGUCCUGGACGCCUCGGGCGCGGCCCGGCCUGGCGCCGCGGGCGGGCCUUGCGAGCGGCGCGCUCUAUAAAGUGGGGCGAGCGCCAAGGCGCGCACGCUUUCGAGAGGGUGUAUCUUCAAGCUGAAGGGCCACCUUCUACCACCCCCAUCAUGGUGGCUCCUCCAGGCAUUGGACGCCCAGCCCAGCCAUCCCUCUCGGUAUUUAGUUGUGUCUGGAGUAGACCUUGGGUGGUCCUGGAUGACAGCCUCUGAAUCAUACCCACUAAGUAUGUGCAACAGUUUCACGUUGCCACAUGGUGUUCCACUGAUUUUGUUCAAAGGGCUGCCAGGCAAACAUUCGGGGGAAAUGCGCAAUCGGGAGUUACGGUGAUCGGAGAAUACAGUCCAGCACGUGUGGCGCACUUGGGCAGGCCCGCUGAAACAGGUAUAACUUCUGUGACCAGAGCUCUGAUCGUCACAUAAGUUUAUUUUGCGUUUUUUUGUUCUCGAGAAAAUGUCUAGGAAAAAUGAGCGUAAAGAAUUAUUGGAAGAAAUGGUGAACAAAGUUUUGGACCCGAGUGACGAAGAUGUUGAUCUAUUUAGUGAUGAUUCAGAGGAGUGCUGUCCUAGUGGAGAUCGUGGAGACAGUUCUGAUAGCAGUUGCAGCCCACCGAGAAAAGCUAGAGGAACAUUACAUGCAGAUCUUUCUAGUGGGAAAGGUGGUUCAAAAUUGAUUACUGAAACAAUUGAAGCAGUUGUAGCCGAUUUCAGGGAGAGUGAUUCUUCAGACAUUUCUGAAGAACCUGUAGUGACUAGUGUAAGUUCUCUGACCUGGGGUCCAGUGUCAGGAAGUAACAUGAAGAUUUUUGACUUCAUUGAAAGUAACGCUGGUGUUCCCACUGGAGUUGCAGUAAAUCUCUGUGAAAAAACACCUUAUGAUUUUUUCAAAUUCUUCAUAACAGAUGAUGUGAUUGACUACAUGGUGAAGGAAACUAAUAUCUAUGCCAGUCAGACUUUACAAAAGGGUAAUGUCAAACCCCACUGCCGACUAAAAAAGUGGUAUGAUGUUACUUCUCAAGAAAUGGAGCGAUUUUUGGGAGUAUUGUUUUGGAUGGGCCUUAACAAGAAGCCAAGACUUUCGGACUAUUGGUCAAAAAACAUUUUGUAUGACAAUUCAUUGGAAAGGUUUAUAUCACAUAACCGCUUCGAAAUGCUUCUGAGAAUGUGGCAUUUCUCUAACAAUGAAGAAUGUCCUCCUGGUGACCAUCUCUUCAAGAUCCAGCCACUUCUUGAUCAUCUUCUUGAAAGGUUUCAGGUUGCUGUAGUUCCAGGUAAGGAAAUAUGUAUUGACGAAACAACAAUGCCAUUUCAUGGCCGUUUGAGUUUCAUGCAGUACAUAAACAAGUGCCAUAAAUUUGGAAUAAAACUUUUGAAACUCUGCCUAAAAGACGGUUACACCUGGAAUGUGAAAGUUUACUGUGGGAAGGAAGCAAAAUCUAGCAUUGCUGUUUCAUCCUCAGUUGUCAUGAAGCUAUUGGAAGGUUUACUAGAUAGUGGGCGUGUUUUGUACACAGACAGUGAAUACACCAGUGUCCACCUAGCUCAUCAACUCCUUGAGCACUCUACGUAUCUGGUGGGCACGCUGAGAAGUGGCAGGAAGCUAACCCCGACAGAUGUAGUGCAGGCAAAACUGAACAAGAACGAAUUAAUAGCUCGAGAAAGUGAUACAGGAGUCGUCAUCCUCAAAUGGAAGGACAAGAGAGAUGUCCUCAUGCUAAGUACUAUGCAUGGCAAAGACAAUAAAGCAGUUGAAACGAGAAAAGGUGUUGUGGAAAAACCUCAUAUGAUUGUGGAUUAUAAUAAUUCGAAGUCGUUCAUUGACCUCUCAGCUAAACUGAGGGUGUAUUCGUGUUCUUUGAGACAUGGCAUAACGUGGUUCAGAAAAUUAGCCAUAGAGCUAAUCACAGGAUCAGCUUUGGUGAACUCGCUCGUGCUCUACAGAGCUGUGAACAAAAAGAAGAUCUCGAUCACAAAGUUCAAAGAACAAGUUUGCCUCAGACUGCUCCAGACAGAUGCAACACCUCCUGCAGUGCUGUCCCUCCCGAUGCCAUCUGUGACUUGUUCCCUCAGGAAUAUGGGCACUGCCAGAAGAAGAUGUACUGUGUGCUACGAGAGAACACAAGCUGAGAAAGGGUGGGAAUAUGCCAUGAAGAGGUGUAAACAGACAGCAUGGAGAUGCAGCAAGUGCAAUGCGUACUUUUGUGUAGAAUGCUUUUUCCUAAAACACACAUCAAUAAAAAAGUAGUAUUAAAACUUGAAAAAGUUGAAAAGGCUAAA